CAUCCUUCUAUGCUCGGUUCUCUGUACGCCAAAACCGCCUUUUGAAAUCUUACUCUCUCCCUCUCUUUCUCUUUCCUGUCUCGUAGGGUUACUUAGUAGCGUCUACUUCGAAAUUUUCAAUAUAUGAUUUUGUAUUUUCUUUCCAAAUUUAUUAAUAUUUCCUUGGAAGAAUUUUCUAGGUCAAGCAUGGCUUGAUUCCGCUCUUAUGUGGUAAUUAAUCCAUUUUGCAUACCUUUGCGUGUUUGCUCUUCUACUCAUUUCUCUCCUUGGGUUUCUUUUACCUAGUAAGCCAAAAGAUUCAUAUUGAUAACUUAUAUGUAGUUGAGACGUGUUGUCUUCACAUAUUUUCCAUGUCACUGCUGGUCCAAUUAUUUUGAAACCCCUCUUUCUAGUGCAUUUCCAUCCGUUUUAAUAUGCAAUUAGUGAUUAUCUGCGUAAAUUGUGAUUAAAUUUUGAUAUAUGCUCAACAGGGGUGGCAGUUCUGGAAUGGAAAUGUAUACUGUUUCAGGACUUGGAAAUGCAGAAAACUAUUUGAUUCAAAGUGAUAUAAACCAUCUUUUCACAAGUCCACCUCUUGAACAAGUGGAAGCCAUGUACAACGAAGGGGCCCCUGACUUUUUUGUGGAUCAGGGGUUAUAUUAUCCCACUAUCACCAAUUAUGGAUACUACUGUACAGAACUUGAAUCACCCGGUGAAUGGGAGGACUGCCAUAGGAUAUUUGGCGCAGAUGGUCCAGAAAUUCAUUAUGCGGGUGUGCAAACUGAAAGUUCACCGUGUGUAAAUUAUACCCUUAGCAAUGGACGUGCACAGUCUGUUUAUAACCCAUACAGUCCUUGCAUACCUGGUGCUAUGAUAGCAUUGAUGGCCAAUAUGCAUAAGCACAACAGGAAUUUUAUAAAAAAGAGACCAACAUGAUCUUGGGAGGAAUUAGAGGCCGUAUAAAUAGAAGAAGGGAGAAGUGUUGAGAUUAUGCAGAUAGUGAAGCAUUCCUCAGUGAUCAUCUCCUUUUUUUCGAAGGACGCUCAGGGAGUGUAGAUGUUCCACGAUGACGCUUUGGUCAUAGAGGCCGUCCACGAUGUCGCUUUGGUCAUAGAGGCUGUUAUUCUCAAUUUCAUUCUCAAUUUCAGAGUCCAAAAAGUUCUAAUAGAUGACGGUAGCAACAUGAACCCACUGCCCUACUCAGUCUUUUGGUAAAUAAACAUAUCAGAGAAACAAUUAGUCAGAAACCAAGUCCCAAUUGAAGAAAUAGGAGGGACUCUAGUGGCCGUGUAAUAAAUGUAGCCCUUACCUAGGAGAACCACCCCUAUCUUAAACUCAUUAUGGAGUGUUCCUCGUAGUGAAGCUGUCCCUGAACUAUAAUGCAAUCUUGGGAAGACUGAGAGGCUGUAUGACUUUGAAGCAGUGACCAGCAUCCGGUAUCAAACUAUGAAAUUUCUGACAGAAACAGGUGUGAGGAUAGUUUGAGGAGUACAGAAAGAAGUUAGAGCUGUAUACCUAGCCACGGUAGAGGAGCCAAACACUUGGCCAAAAGAGUUAAACCCUAAAGUCAUGGAGGUCCAGGAUGAAAAGAAGGAAGCCAUGAUUGAACCAGCUAUAGACCUUCUCACUGUCCAAGGAAGAAAGCGACAAGGUCUUCGACAUCAAUCAGGCCUUAAAGAUGACCAAAAGGAGGCAGCGAUGGCUCUGAUUAAAAGACAUGCCUCAAGUUUCACCUGGUUAAACAUGCUAAGGAUCAACCCUGAAGGGAUGACCCACAAAUUGAACAUUAUCCCUAGGCCAAGCCGGUAAAGCAGAUGAAGAAGGUGUUUGGGAAGGAGAAGCAAGAGGCCACGAGGGAAGAGGUGUAGAAACUAAAGGAGGCUGGAUUUAUUAAGGAAGUCAUGUACCCAUAGUGGUUAGCAAUCCUGUGCUCAUAAAAAAGGCUAAUGAAAAAUAUAAACUAUGUGUAGACUUUACUGAUUUAAAUCAGGUUUGCCUAAAAAAUUGCUAUCCCCUCCUAGAUAUUAAUAAAAUGGUUAACUCUGCAGUUGAUUUUGAUUACUUAUCGUCUUUAGAUGCUAUGUCAGGGUAUCAUCAGAUUCCUAUGGAUAAGUCGAAUGAAGAAAAGACCUCUUUUAUAAUUGAAGAUGGGAUGUACUGCUACAAGGUUAUGCCUUUCGGGCUAAAAAACGCCGGGUCAACAUAUCAGCGGCCAAUGAAUAAGAUCUUUAAGAGUCAGAUAGAAAGAAAUGUAGAAGUCUGUGUCGACAACAUGAUGGUUAAAAGUCAGACCUUUCAACAAUAUCUAGAUGACUUGGAAGAUGUCUUUAGAGUAUUACAGCGUUACAAGAUGAGGUUGAACCAGUAAUGUGUGCUUUUUUUAUCA